UUAGAGAUUACAAGUCCGUACCGUUUACGUUUCCAUAUGAACUUUGACAAAGAUUGUUAUCCUGUAGUGCUAUUUAUACUAAUAAAGUUAAUUAUUUUCUUAUCAGUGUUGUUUAUUUUUUUUGUGCGUGUGAAGUAUAUACAUUCAUUGAUUUAAAAAAAAAAUUAAAUUAUUUAAUCUUUCUAAUUGUCAGAAUUUACUUAAAAUUGGCAUAGUUAUCUAACAGCGAAUUAUUGAGUCUUUAUAAGACUAUUAAAAUAAAAAGAAAAAAGUAAAGGAGACAAGUGAAUUUUAUAAUUAUCAUUGCCUUAAUAAUAACGUCAAAAUGAUGAUGGAUUAUUUUGUAACAAAUAAUUCUUUAGCACCUGCACCUAUGGGAAUACAAAGUACAGCAGGUGCUGUGCCAGUAAAAAAUGAUAAAGGAGAACUGUCUAUGAAGAAAGUGAAAGUACAUCGUUAUGUUUCUGGUAAACGUCCUGAUUAUGCCCCCGUGGCUAGUUCAGAAGAAGAAUCAGAAGAUGAAGAUUUUUUAGAAAAACGUGUUCAUAAAAGUUAUGAUGACAAUGAAACUAUUACCGAUGUCCCACACACAGCUCAAGUUGUAAAAAUAAGAGAUGAAGAUGAUCCACGCUUGAGGAGAUUAACACGAUUAGAGAGACAACGAGAUUCAGCCACAGAGUCUCAUGUUGAAAGGCAAAGACAUAUUCAUGAGCCUGAAUUAAUUGAGAUAGAACCAGAAAGAUCACAUGAAAGGAUUAAGUUGGAAAGUUCAGAUUCAUCCGAAGAUGAAGAAUUAUCAGAUUCAGAAAUAGAGCGAAGACGUGAAGCUUUGAAACAACGAGUAUUAUCAAAAAAAGAGACAGAAGAAGAAUUAUUACAUGGAGAAGAAGACGAAAGAUCUGGUGAAAGCACGGAAGAAAGUUCAGAAUAUGAGGAGUACACGGAUUCCGAAGAAGAAACAGGCCCAAGACUUAAACCAGUUUUUGUUAGAAAAAAGGACAGAAUUACAGUUAUGGAGAAAGAAAAGGAGGCAAUGAAACAAAAACAAGUAGAAAUAGAAGCUAAAAAACUAGCAGAAGAACGGAAAAGGCAAACUUUUCGUAUGGUGGAGGAAGCAAUUCGUAAAGAAACACAGGUUAACAAAACUAAUAAUGAGCAAGAAGGUAAGCUUGAAGAUGUUUGUACAGAUGAUGAAAAUGAUGAAGUUGAAUAUGAAGCUUGGAAAUUAAGAGAAUUAAAGAGAAUUAAACGAGACCGGGAAGAAAGGGAACAAAUUGAAAAGGAGAGAUUAGAAAUUGAACGAAUACGUAAUAUGACUGAAGAAGAGCGUAGACAAGAAGCUCGAUUAAAUCCAAAGGUUAUAACUAAUAAAGCAGCAAAGGGAAAAUAUAAAUUUUUACAAAAAUAUUAUCAUCGUGGUGCCUUCUAUUUGGACAAAGAUGAUAACAUAUUUAAGAGAGACUUCUCUGGUGCUACUUUGGAAGAUCACUUUGAUAAAACAAUAUUACCAAAAGUUAUGCAAGUUAAGAACUUUGGUCGUAGUGGUAGAACUAAAUAUACUCAUUUAGUUGACCAAGAUACUACUCAAUUUGACUCUCCUUGGAUAUCGGAGACCGCUCAAAAUCUUAAAUUUCAUAAUAAUCAAGCUGCUGGAAUGAAACAAGUUUUUGAACGGCCAUCUUUGAAAAAAAGAAAAAAUGAAAAUUAAAUUUAAUACAUGUAUUUAAGCAUUUAUAAAGUCUUACUCUGCAGAAGUAUAUGCAUUAAAAUUUGUUAAUAAUAAGCUUUGGGUAUGAAAAUGUACAUAUAAUAAAUAAAGAAUAUCUGUUCUAAUUUUAUAUUAUUAUAAUAUAAACAUUUAUUAGAUUAUCAAGAAAGUUCGUAUCAAUAAAGAUAAAUAAUAUUUAACCAUAUUUGAUAAGCUGUUAGAACUUUCGAAACUAUUUGGCUGCUUGGGAAACAUCUUUAAAUAGUUGUAUUUUUAAAAAGUUGUAUGGCGGAGGUUUUCCACCAUAUAAAUAUGUCUGACAAUGAAUAACAUAAUUUCUAAUAGUAAAAAAUAUUAAAAAGUCACACUAUGAUAUUUUUGGGCAACAAUUUUAUAUACCUUUGCUACAUAUUACCUAUCAAAGCCACCGCGACUCAAGGUUCUUAUCUGUUGUAAUGUAUUUGUGCGGAAAAAUUUUCAGCCUUUAUACUAUAACGUAUGUCUGGCAUUCACGGACUCACGUUAUAAACUGCGCGAACUUUCCUAUUAACCCAAUAUAAAAUAUAAUAAUUUAUAUCAAAAUACAAAAAUUAUAAAUUCAUAAUUAUUUCAUUCAUUUUUGCAACGCAAAUAUUUCAAAGCUUGCUUUGCUGCUGCACAUUUAGCUUGUUUUUUAUUGGCACCAAAUCCGUGAAAUAAUUUUGAUUUUCUUUUAUUUGUUAUUUCUAAAGGUACCAUAAUAGUAUUUGUACCCUCUAUUAAGGUUGCAGAUCUAAAUAUAACAAUAAAAAAUUAAAGACAAUUUUAUACGAUUAAUAUAACAGAAAUAUAAAAUGCCAUUCCCAAAUGAAACUUACAAAAAUUUGGCAUUUGAUCCUAACGUUUCAUAGAUUAAACGCACAGGUUGCUUCGGAACAUCUCUACUAAAGGCAUCUAUAAAAAAAAUAUAUGAAAUCAAUACUUAUAUUUAAUAAGAAUCACAAGCGCUAAUAAUAUUACGAAAAAUUACAUUUAAAAAAAAUUCGAUGUAAUUAUUAAAUGAUAAUAAUCAUUUUUAAUAUAUAUAUAUAUAUAUGGUUAACAAAAACGUACCGAUUUCUUUAUACAUAAGAGCGAAUAACAGUUCCCAAACUUGUUUAAUAUUUUUAUUAGUAUCUAAAUAAACAGCUCCUAUGAAAGAUUCAAAUAUAUCACUUAAAACUUUAGGAACAUCAACGUAUUCGGCCAUAUUACAUUCUUCUUCUUCAAGCAAAAUCCAGA